CCUGCACGAGAACAACGAAAAGAGGUCACGUGGUGUUCCGGUGAAGCGGAUGCCAAACAAAUUGUUAUAAAAUUUUGUGAUGUUUACACGAAAUAUGUAGCAAUGUGGAGGUGGCUCAGUGGAAUUCCCAGAGCCCUCCGUCACCACCUGCAUGGUCCCAGAGCCUCAGCUUCUGGUGUUUGUAAAGAAGACGAAUUAGACGAAGCAAAGAAAUGUGCAGAGAGCCGACGCCAGCAGUACAAAGCCCAAUACCGGCUAGGAGCUGGGACAAACCAUCAGGAAAGUUCCCAUGAUGACAAUCAAUGGCAACAGGAGUCGGGGACUGACAAAGAGAAAGGCUACCGACACACACCUAAUUUCUGGACACUCUUUUGUGGACCAGGAUCAUGUGAGGCCUUUGGAUGGGGGACGAUUGUGGUGGUUGGUCUACAGCUUACCAGGUACCACCUACUGAUAGACAGAUGGGAGAAAUCGAAGGACAAAGAUAAGCACUCCCAAUGUCUGCUCUUCAAGAUAUCAAGUGUGCUGCCCCAACCUUGCCUGUGUAAGAAAUCUAUCCUUGAAACAAAUGAAACCCCUCCUUCAGAUGGAAAGCGUACGAGCCCCGUGCCAGACCUGUAUGAAAGAUAUGGGCCAUUAUUGAAUUUUAGUACUCAAGACACCAAGGAUGUGGCUGUGAAGAAAGAUGCUGGGGUUGUGGAGGAGGAAAAAGACAAGACCACAAGAGGGUCUUCCUUUGAUCCUUUAGAAACAGUAAUGAAGGAGUUUGAAACAGUUUGUCGUACAUAUGCAGCCGUUGGACAAAAUAUUGCUGGGCUUAAGAAAGCUUUGGCAGGUCAGCUGACCGAGGCUGCCAAUCACUGGGCAGAAGCUAGUAGCUCAGCGUACGGCAAGGCAAGCUUCAAUCUGGGUCUGUGUUACGAGACAGGGCGUGGGGUAAAGAAAAACAUGAAACAGGCUGUUAAACUGUACGAGCGAGCAGUGAAGGAGAACCACCCUCAGGCCAUGUACAACCUAGCCCUACUCUAUCUUGGGGAGGAAGAAGGACUGACAUCGCCUAAAUACGGUCUUCAACUCAUGGAGAAGGCUGCAGAGCUUGGACUGGCACAGGCCCAGACCUACAUGGGAGUACACAUCAUGGGGCAGAAACAGUCCUGUCUGGACAAGGCUGUCGCCUACUUCAGAGCUGCUGCUGGCCAGGAUGACUCUGAUGGAGAGUACUUCCUGGCUCUGUGCUACGAGCAGGGACUUGGAGUGGAGGAGAACAAGUGCCGUGCGGCAGACCUGUACAGCCAGGCUGCUACCAAGGGACAUGAUGGUGCCAUCUACAAUCUAGCAUUCUUCCAUGAACAUGGACUAGGAGGACUACCAGAGGAUCAAGUCACGGCCAUGACCUUAUAUAGGAAAGCUGCCAAUGCAGGAAAUGAGAGUGCUCUCUACCGUCUUGAGGGUCCACGUCGCCCAACCUUUCCCAACUGGAAAGAACAAUACAUGUAUGACUUUGUUGAGGAGCCACAGCUAGAGGUACGAGUCCCCAUGUCCAUCCAGGAAAAGCCACCAGCGGUGAAGGUACAGCCUGUUGUACAGGUUCCAUCAUCUUUCUCCUCUCCCUCCCUCACCGACUAUGUACGCAAACACCUAGAAGAUCUAGAUGUGAAAAAUGAUGUGUUACAGCUCGAUGUAGCCUCAAUGUCAGUCCUGGAGCCUAAAUUUGGAAAGUCCAAGAAACCAGCUUUCAGAAAGGAUAAAGUAUUCUUUACUCUAGGAGCCAGUGAUUCUAGUGAAGCUGGUGGCCCCUUUUGGGCAGACAUUGAUGAUAUGUGGGAGGAAAAUGUGAUAAAUGACAAAACUCACUUUUCUGCCUUGUUACAAAGAAACAAUACUAUGCCUGAUGUGAGGUCUGUUACCUGCUCUUAAUGUCAUGGGAACAUUAGACACCUAAUUCUUCUGUUUCAUUCGAAUGUCAUUUAUCAACAUAUCACUCUAUGUAUGUUAAGUUCAAUAAGUUGUGUGUAUGAACAUUGAUGACUUUUCAUGAACAUAGGGCAGACCACUUUGUGUUGCAGGAAAGUUAUACAUAAACCAAGCAGUACUCCAUAACAUAUAACACAGCAAUUAAGCUUCUAGCCCUAAGGUGGGCAGGCUGUUUAUUUGGCAGAACUGUACACAAUUUUUCAAACAGUUUAACCUUCAUUUGACCGCUUCAUAUUUGAUUAUUUGAUAUUAAAGAAUAGAUAUUAUUAAAUGAUUGUUCAUAUUGCGUCUUAAAACUGACCAAAACACUGAUGGGAUUACAGUUAUUUUGAUAUUCUGUACUUUUUGCCUAAUACAUACGGUACUACUGGUUUAGGUACAACUUAGUUCUAUCACAAAGAAAUGAAAUGUUCAAUUGUUCUAAAUGGUUGAGAGCAAAUCAUGAGUCAACAACAUUAAGAGUUGUGGAUUAACUAUAUAUAUAUAUUUCACAGGCAAAUAAGCCCAAGAACUAAAAUGGAACAUUGUUACUGAUUGUCUAUAAACAUGUGUUCCAAUAGGGAACACAAUCAUAUUAACAAACUUUAAAGUCAAUCUUACUAACAUUGUUACUGUUUUGUAGUCUACAUAUUUUUGAGAAAUCCAUAGAAUAUACCUUUAAAAGUGCCAUCCUGUCAAUAUUAUUAUAUAAGACCAAAAUGAUAUGAAUGUGUAGAUGAGAAAAUACUGCUGUUAGCUGUAUCGGUAAUAUAUUACUGCUAAUUAACAAUUACUUAAACCGGAUGUAAGUGAUUGGUUUCAAUAUGUAGAUAAGAUGUAAAAGAGUGUCCGUCUUCUUGUCGACAACACAUUGAGACUUUUGUUUUUUAAACCAUCAGAAAAAAUAAGUCUUAUUUUGUGGUUAUGUUUAUUGUGAUCACUUGAAGAAAGAUCAGAGGAGACACACAUUUUCUUUUCAAUUUCGAUAGAAAAGGAAAUAUUUGAUAGACCUCUAAAAGAGUGAUUAAGAAACGAAGACUGACAAUGUUUACAUUGUAUGUGGCCUACAUAGUGAUGUGUACAUUGUUUAUCGACUCCAUAGCGAUGUGUACAUUGUUAAUCGACUCCAUAGCAAUGUGGAGCUUGGUAUGGCAUUCAUAGUAAUGUGCUUGUAUUCUUUAAGAACAAUUUUGUUAUUUGCCUUCAGUCAUAUCUUUGCUAAGAAUUUUCUUUAUGAUUUUCCCUUAUACCUGUCAAAACCAAAACUCCUGAUGGGAACCUAUACUUCUCAUUUAAGACAGAUCACUGCAGUGGAAUGAGCAAGAUAACUUAUAAUUAAUGGAUAGUAUGAUCACAAGAUUUUCUCCCACCCUUCACAGGUUUGUCUCCCGUUUUAGACGGGAAAGAUCAGCUUGUCACCCCCUAGGGGGAGAUAGCCUCGUGCCGAUUCGCACAUGUUUAAUUGUGACGCCAUUAAAAUAUGUCAUCGGUAAAUUGUGACGUCAUCAAAAGUGAAUGACGAUAGGCAUACCCCACAUGUGUUUUUGUUUACAAAUAUGGCAGACUACUGUCGGUGGAGCUGUGACGGAAAUAAUAGGAUGGGAGAAAAAGAAUCAUCCUCUACCUUGAGGGUCUAACAGAAAUCUCCAACCCUCGGGGUGAUUUUUUUGGUAGUCUAACCCUCGGGUUAGACAACCAAAAAAACAUCACCCUCGGGUAGGAGAUUUCUGUCACACCCUCAAGCAAGGUAGGGGAAGAUUCUAUUAAUCUUAAAUUUAAAUGACUGCUAAACACCCACCAUUUCUGUCUUGUGCCUAUGGACUUCACUGUAUAUCAUUAUUGUGUUGUAUUAAGUCAUUGUUAGGUGCAGAUCCAGAAUUUUCAAUCAGUGGUGCACAUUCACAGGUUCUUAAUGUGAAUAUAGUGUUGGGCACCAAUUUCUUUACAUCAAAUUGAUGGUUAAAAGUUAAAAAAAAAAUAACCUCAGUUUUGUAAGAGGAAUACCUACAAUUUCAUCUUCAUCUGAUUGUUCAAGCAACAUCAUUAAUCAUAAAUCAGCCUUGAAGCAAAUAGUUUUUCUGUAGGUUAAACCUGAAAAAAGCAAAGUCGCAUUUACACUGAUGUUUUGCAUAAAUGAAUGUAAAUAUUAUGUAUAUAAAAUAUGUAAGGUUUUCAUAAGAACCUAUUUUCUACAUGCUUGCAAGUAUUCACAUAUACUGCUACUACGCUCUUUGUAGAAAGUAUCAGAAUGAUUGUUGAAAGGCUUCUUGUGAUCAUGAAUUACAAUAUUAUAUUUUUGCAGUGUUACAAAUUCCUUUGAAAUGACUGGUCAAUAAUGUGUUAGCUGUACAUGUGUGCUUAUUCUCACAGCGUAAUUUGCUAAAGUCCCAAUAAGUUGUCUCUUGGAUUAGGUCGGAACAAGUGUUUACUUAAGGUUAUGGUAUCUUUGACAUAAUUACAGCAGAAAUUAUAAUUGAAAAGUUGUAUUUAAUGCACCAUAUCAUUAUUGUGUUUUAUUGAGUUAAAUAAAAAAUAUGUUAAAAAAAAUAAUUCUGUAUUCUUCACCAUGGCAUGCAUAUUAUAUCUGUAUUUGGAGCAUUUAAAUCCAAUAUCCCGAUCAGUCUGUAUUCAGGGACUUACAUUUUACUUAAUUUUUACAGUGGAAGAGACUUGUUUUGUUAAGAGUGAGAGGCUCAUGGUCAAAGAGACCAUUCUUGUAAUCACUCUGCAGAGCAGAAGAGAUGUAGUAGAGAGAGAGAGGGACUGGUUUAGUCGAGAGAGAGAGAGAUAGAGGUUUAGUCGAGAGAGAGACUGGUUUUGUCAAAAGUGUGAGGGUUUGUAAAACCUGUUAUGUUAUCACUAUCUAAAGUGGGAGGGGUGCUUUUAAACAAGAAUGGAAUACAUUUGUAGUCCAGAGUGUGAGGAACCUAUUUAGUUAAGAAUUGAAAUGAAUUGUUUUGGAUUUUGUUUGUUAUGCUUCAACAUUAUUAAAAACUUAAACUGUAA